UGUGAAGAUCUGCUUUGUGACACUCAGAUUCGUUUUCUCUUAACUUUGGAUUUGUAUUACGCACCGGCACAAUGUGUAAAGGGCUUGCCGCCCUUCCUGCAACAUGCUUGAAAAGCGCCAAAGAUAUAAAGCAUAAGAUUGGCUUCCUGCUUCAAAAGCCAGAUCCUCAAAAGCCAGAUCCUCAAGAGCAGAAGGCUUUAAAAGAGAAGGCAAAGGCCAGAAUUUCGCCUGUUGAAACUGAGAAAUGGAAAACAUCAUUUAACAACCUGAUCAAAAAUGACAUUGGUCGGAAGGCUUUCGCUGCCUUUUUACAGUCCGAGUACAGUCAAGAGAACAUUGAGUUCUGGGAGGCCUGUGAGGAUUUUAAGCAGACAUCAGUGGACAAGAUGAACCUGAAAGCUAGAAAGAUAUUUGAGCAAUACGUUGAAGCUGAUUCUCCGAAAGAAGUGAAUUUGGAUUCUGCCACCAGAGAGAAUACUAGAAAGAAUUUGGAAAGCUGUGAUGCAUCCUGCUUCGAUGAGGCUCAGAGUAAGAUCUUCACCCUCAUGGAAAAGGACUCAUACAGGCGCUUCCUGAAAUCCAAAUGGUUCCUGGAACUGUCUCAACCACCAAUGGACAACAAAACUUGUGGCUUAGAGAAAAUAGGAAAGCAAAAUAUUUUUGACCGCAGUCAGUGCCUGCCAAGUUAUGCCUAAUCUAACAUAUCUCCUCCUAGAUGAACAAACCAUAUGCUGAACAUUGCCAUAAUUCGACUUCCACUCAUAUGGCUUAGGUUUGUAAAGCUUGUUGAGGUCUAAGAAUAAUAAGGUGGAGUUUUAAGCAAAGGACAAACUAGCCAUCACAGCAAUGAUGCAAAUCCAUGGUUCAGCCAUUGUGAUUGUAAAAUAUUUUCCGUAUAAUAAAGACCCAAAUGGGCAGUACCUGUUACACAAAAGUUAUUUCCCAUUUAUAGCUUUGCAGCAGUGUUAUUGAAGUGUGUAUCUAAUCACUGCGUAAGCAUGACACCAUCUUCUGAAAGCGUUGUGUGCAGGCAAUGUUUUUAUAGAAAACAAAGGUAAAACCCACACCUGCUAUUCAACCUUGACAUUUCUUUGAAUUGGCUUGGGAAAACAGUAUACCUGUGACGUGGUUUACAACUAAAUGACUGUUACAGAUGGAUAAAUUAUUCUGCUGAGUUUUUAUUUGAGCUAUGAUGAGAAUAACAUGAUUAAUGUCACUGUUAAUAACCAAGUAUAUUCACUUUACUGUAAAAUUGUGUAAUAAGAUAUUUAUAUAUGUUUCUGUAUAAGCUCUCUUGUCUUUACAGGCGAUGUCAUUUCCUAUUCCUAUUAUUUUCUGUUGGCCGCCCAUGAUACAUUAUACAGAAAUAUGACAAGCUCUGGAAUACAAAUGACAAGUGAAUGUGAUAGAUUUGCAUGUGCAAUGUAUAACUUGUCACUGACAAUGAUUUACAUUCCAUUAUGUUGUGAAACAGUAUGGCAGACUUCACAUAUUAAACGACACAUGCUCCUAUUAGAAUAAAUGGCCAAAUGUGAGUUGUUUACAUAUUUGUUUACUGGUGCCAUAUUUAUUUUGUCAUAUUUAUGAAUAAAAAAAGAUCAUACAA